GCGACCAGCAACGACUUGAGCAGAAAUAGGAAGAGACUGUGUAGGUUGAGUCCGUCCGUCUGCAAGGAAAGCGAAAUAAUGUCUUUUCUUAUAAACGGAAAUAAAACAUGGGCUUAACCAACAUAUAUGACCAGUUCUAAGCCAGAGGACUACCUGUUUGAGACCGAGACACGUCGCGGUGAGGACCAGGGCUCUCUGAAUUACGGUCAUAUUACUCCAGCUCCUCUUCAGUAAUUACGGCAACAUCAUGACCCACAACAAAGACAAACCCAAACCCUUCAGGUGGCUGGACUAUGGCAGUAUCACAGGAGAACCCCAUUGGGAAGCGUGUCCUACCUGCCAAGGAUCAGGACGAAUAUCUAGAAGCGAUGAGGCCCAACUGAUGGCAGUAAUUCCAUGCAGUGACCAAAGGUUGAAGCCUAGUCGUACGAAGCUGUAUGUGUGCAUCUCAAUUGCAUUAUGUCUUCUGAUCUGUUCCCUGGUCCUGUUCUUCCUCUUCCCUCGGAGCUUGGUCAUGUCUCCUGUUACUCUCCAGUCCUCCUUCAUCUAUUUCACACCACAAACUGUUCAGAUGAUUAUCACAAACAAACUAAACAUCAGCAAUCAAAACUUUGUCAGCACUGAGGCUCAUGAUCUGGAUCUACAAGCCCUGAUUAAUGAAAUUGUUGUUGGGAGGACCAAGAUGUCAAAUGUGACCACAGUUCCCCCACGCUCACAGAAAACAUUUACUGUUGUGACCAAUGUCAUCAUUGAAGACCUAGGCCUGGUUUAUUAUUGCCAGACAAGUGCCUUCCGGCCCCACACCUUGUAUGUACAUUUGCAAAUGACUAUAAAAGCCAAUUACCUGUCACAUGAGGAGCAGCUGUCGGUGGAUACAUUUGAAUAUGUCGAUUGCGGAAGAAACACUACCAUUCCUCAUAAUUUUCCAUAACUUUGACAUACUGCAUAUGAUGACAAGUAAUAUUAGAAACCAAUGGGAAGAUUGGUACAGUAGCAAAUGCCAAAGCUGAUCAGUUGUUAUAUAGCUAUUAAUUGUUAAUUAUGUUCACAGAGUAGCUUACACAUGUACUUGUAAAUACAUUUUAUAGUAAAAGUAGUAUUAUUUUUGCUGCCGAUGGCUUGAUUUACUUUAGAUUUAAUCAGAGGACCAUCUGCAGUGUGAAAGUGCCUGUGCCCUACUGCAAAUAUCCACAAACUUUCUUGUAGUUAAGAUUUACACAUUUCAUUCAUUCAUCUCCAAUAAACACUUUAUCCUGGUCAGGGUUGUGGUGGAUCCUGGGAACACUGGGUGCAAAAUGGGAAUGAAGCCGAAAUGGGAUGCCAGUUGAUCAAAAGAUUUGCACAUUGAAAUUAAUGUGAAAUUUAAAAUGUUAUGUUGUUUACUUUGACUUGCACUUCACAAUAAAUGAAGUAGUUUUUUACAUAGUUCUUUUAUUUAAACAUUCUAAGGGAGGCAAGACAAAAUGAUGUCACAUGCACUGAAAUGAAUAAAAUGGAUUCAUCUGUAA